AUGUACUGCGGAAAUCGAUGUUCCGGGCUUUUCGAUGAAGUUAGGAUGAGCGUGAGUGAGGUGGAGAGGCAAUGCACACCACGUCUGGCUGAUUAUUUCGUUGAGCUACAACUUGAUGAGGCUCAAAUUAGGCAUGGAAGUAGCGUGGGUAUAGUCACACGUCGUCUGCCAACUAUUGAAUGGCCAGAUGUCCCCUUUCCAAAUAGCAUCUCUAUGGACGUUCAAAAAAAACCUCUGAAAAAAUCUGUUUGGGCACUGUUAAAACUAUUUUGUGUUCCUAACGGCUGGAGUUUAGCACACAAGCAACUUGACCCAACCUUUUUUGUGUGCACGCUCACGGAUCUUAUGGGUGCACAUCAGUAUGCUUGUUGCUUACAGGUCUAUGAACCAUGCUUGGGUGGUUCAGACGAGGAUUGCGAGGAUUUGUACCAUCCAUCGAGUUCUACAUUCAGACCAAGAGUUUAUGUGAUUCUUUCGCGUUAUCCUUACUUUGACUUGUUUCGGGCUUGUCUUCAUCGAAUCUUCUUGGCUAUCCAAAAUGAUGUGUUAAUGGCGGAAGUGAUGAUUGCGACAAUUAUAAGUAAAAUAUUGUUAAUAGGAAGGACUCCAAUCAGCUUCACGAUGGGUGGAGAGCGGGUUUCGGUUCAGCCCAUUUUGCAACGGCGGGUACCGUUAACGGGCGAUCGAGUGGCGCGAUUUGCUAGGUGUCUAGUUCGGCUAUGUCACCAGGACUACUUAACAUACACGCCUGUUUUCCAGAUAUACCUUCGUAACAGCAUUGCCGGAACUGUUGCUGGAGUAUCUGGAAAGUCCUACACCUUAUCUCAUGGGCGUAUUAUCCCAAGUGCGAGGAAAAGUAUGAUGGAAUUUUUAGCUAAAUUAGAAUGCUUUGUAAUGGUUCUCAAUUUCCAGCUGCCAAAUGUGGAUGCAGUUGUAGUGGACCUUGAUACUGGCGAAGUCCGUCUUCCUGUCAACAGUCAAUUAGCCGAGCUUCCUUCUCCAUUUCGUGAACGUCUAAUCACGCGGCUCCAAAGGGUUCUCAGCCCAGAGCUAUCCACAGCUGACUAUGCCAUUCCUGCAGCUCUGCCGCCACCCUUGGAACCACAUUUGUUGGACAAGGAAAUACGAGCCUGUUUCGUUUUGUUCUUUUCCGAACUCCUUUAUGGCUAUCGUUCUUGUUUGGAACUGGUUCGUCUUCACCGCCAUCCGCUCAUCGUUUUCCAUAAAGCUGCGUUUAUGGGUAUGAGACAUCUUUCAUCUCCUCUCCUUCACGAUCUUAUCGAAGGGCAAAUGUUUCAACUUUUCGUUGCUACUCGAGGCUUACCAUUUAGGGAAUGCGAUAUCUUUGAUGAGAUAGUGUGCACGGCAACUAUUGAUGGCGAUGAUUUAGACACAUCUGAUGAGAAACAAAGACUUUCAAGAAUUAGUUCCUCAUUACUUAUGAAUGAAAAGCAGGAAUGUAUCAUGACAACUACGCCCACUCUUACAAAGAGAACGUCUCUAGCUCUUACUAAUGGGGAUCACUUCAAUCAUGAUGAAUGCACCAUUCGGCCGCUGAGCAACGAUAGAAUCAACGCCCUCAUUGAGCAGAAUCGUUCACAUUGGAGCCUUGAUGAUCCUGGCAGGCUGCACCCAAAAGAGGUGCCGGUUCCUGAGAAGCUGAAUUUGUACGAAGAGCACAUUGGAGCGAACAGUCGCCGGCUUUUGGUACUUAGCGCUUGCGUCGAUGCAAUAUUCGACAAUCGAAUGUCAGAAGCCAGGAAGAUGAUGUGCGCUGUAGAAUUAUCCUUGCGAGUCGUAGCUGCUCGUGUUGCUCUCUGUCGGCAGGCAAUGUUGCAGCCUGCACAAUUUGAGCUGGUUGUUCGACUUUUGAACUGUGCAUUAGAGCACGAAUCUGACGAUGAUGAGCAUGGGAUCGCGUAUGCUUGCUUGCACUUAGGGAAUAUGUACUGCAGGAGGCUCUCACAAGGUGUACAGCAGUACGCAUAUACAUGUGUACAAGAUCAUUCCGUUUGGAGCAAUCAACGCUUUUGGGAAACUGCGUUUUUCCAUGAUGUUCACGAACUGAUGCGCAGACAUUAUGGGAAAGUACAUGACAGUGGCAUGCCGUUAUCCGGAAAAAGUCCGUAUGACAUGUGGAAUCUGCUGGAGGAGCCUACAGCUAUGGCUGUGUCAGCGGUGCGCCUUAGCAACCUUACGGAGUACAGUGAAGAAGAGUUGAAAAAAUGCAGCGAAGAGGAGGAAUCUAUAGUCUACGGACAGGCAAAGCACUAUGUAAACCUCAUGAUUUACUUGCGCGUUCCUCUAGAUGCUUCGCGUCUCCGUCGAAUCGACAAAAACGAUCUCGAAUUGCGCGGCAAUUCUCGUGGACUGCGGGAUGUAAGCGUAAGUUCUUUCACCACCAUUAUGAAAGCACGUUAUAUUUGUCUUCAUCACCAUGUUGUGACAUGGAUCUCUCGCGUAAUUGACCGCAUUUGCUCUGCUGCUGGAUUGGAUCCUCGCCUUACAGAGCAACUAACUCAAGUUAUUCCCGGCUUUGUUGCAGUUCACAUUGACAACCUUGAGCAGGUUUACGCAGAAAGCAGGAAACUCGCCCCUCCUCCAAAGGUCGUAUAUUCUCAAAAUAAUUUAGUGAAAGAUAAUACCAAUUGUUUUUUUAAGCCUAAACUUCUUACACCUGUGCUACUUACACCAUGUGAGCGCAUCAUUGUUGGUGGUCUGCGGUGUGUACUUCUUCCAGAAGGACGCCCUGCCAAUGCAGAGAACCCCGAGAACAAUGUAAGUCUCCUUCCUGCUGAGGGAGCAUUGUUCCUUACCAAUUACCGUAUCAUUUUCAAAGGGCGGCCAACCAAUCCUUUCCUUACCGAUACGGUAGUGGUUCGCUCAGUUCCUAUAAUGACUCUAACAAAAGAGAAGUCUAUUGGUGACCAAAGCUUGCAGGCUGCUGGGCAGUUACACGGAAUCUCUUCAAAGGUGACCGGUGAUGAAGUGGAAGCUUUCACAAAAUCGUUGUCGAGCCAGCGUUGGCCAAGCAUUCUACCUCAUACUCUGUUUGCAUAUAAUACUGUAAGCCAUCUUCUGACUUCAACAUUACCUACUGGUCCGAAGAGCAAGUAUAGCACUAUACGGGAGCUGAAGAAAACGAUUGCACGUUUUCCUGGAAAGAUCAACAAAUGGCCUUCACCGCUUGCUACCCCUGCCCUAAGAUCGUCCACACAGCCCAACAAGACUGAUACCUUUGCCAACCACAGCGACUAUCUCGAUCUUUCUGAUAUACCGGAAAUCAUAAAUCCCCUGAACUCUCCUGAAAUACAUCGGCAUCAUCUCCAUGAUUACGAAAGAUUGCGAUUUCGUGGUAUAGACUCCAUUUUUAGAGUUUCUUAUACUAACGCUCACUACGAUGUGAUAAAGACUUAUCCAUGCGCCUUCGUUGUGCCGUCGUCCGUUGGUGACGAUGCUUUCUUGAAAAUUGCCAAAGGUUUCAAACAUGGCCGCUUUCCCGUAAUCACUUGGACAAGUGAAAAUGGAGCAUUGUUGAUUCGCGGAAGUGGUCUGACACAAAGUAAUGUUGUGCAGAAGUUCAAGAAGGCGAAUAUUCUACAUGGAAGCGAAUCAGUGUCAACUCUAGGCGGUAGUCGAAUGACUCUGGUCUCAAAGGAUAGUGGAGAUGCUGGUCCGCUACACAGUGUGGAAUAUCAGGAACACUACUUGGCGCGACUAGCACAAGUAUCACCUUCUGGAAGCGGCGAUCUGGGAGGUACAACUGGAAGUCUAGCUAGCUUGCUUUCUGUUGAUAGCCUUUUGACAGCUGAUGGGAUGUCAUCGGUUGCGACUGGAACUCCUGAUGCUCGUCGGCGUAAUCAAGGCUCAGAUUUGGCUAGGCAUUAUGCAACUUCCAUCCGUAGUAGUGGAGGAAAACCUGGAUCCAGAGGUUGUUUAGUUGGUGUUCUUUACCUGAUCCAAACAAUCGGUUUAGAUUUAGGCUCUAUGAUGAAUCCGAACAUCCCUUGGACCAUAGCUUCUUCGUACGGAGAACGACAAUCGCAAAAGACAUUACAAUUUGCAAUCGGGAGUCUAACGCGAAAGAAUCUCUACAUUCUUAUCUUCCGUGGCGAUAAAAAUGUGGAAUUUGUCCCGAUCAGUUUCCCCACUACUCAUCAGAUGAAAGUAUCAUUCAAAAAACUACUCAGAGUCAUGCGACCCAGUAUUCCGUUUAUGGAUUCGUCAUCGUCCACGUUUUACCGUUCUUUAGAAGAGUCGGAGUGGUUGCAAAUGAUAUCAAACCUCUUGUCACUCUCUACCUCAAUUGCAAGCAUCGUUAACAUGCAGAAUUCAUCGGUUGCUUUGUGCAUCGAAGAGGGAUGGGAUGCUACAUGUCAGCUGAUGUCACUUGCUGAACUAAUGCUGGAUCCUUUCUAUCGAACCAUAGAAGGUUUUCAAAUACUUAUUGAAAAAGAGUGGUUAGCGUUCGGUCAUCGCUUCUCGCAUCGUGCGAAUCACACUAUUUCUUCUCAAAAUAGCGGGAUCACUCCCGUUUUUCUUGUGUUUCUGGAUGCAGUCCAUCAGUUACUGGAACAGUUUCCUGGCGCAUUUGAAAUCAACGACUUCUACCUCCGGUUUUUGGCUUACCAUAGCCAGUCAGCUUUCUUUCGCACUUUUCUUUUGGAUUGUGAGUCUGAGCGAGUACACCUAGAACAAUUGGUCCCAGAGACUGGCGAAGGGCACCGAGGAUGCGUUUUGCUUCCAGCCUGUUCUGUAGCUGCUCUUCGAAUUUGGACUUUUUAUUCGGAAGAAACUCUCAGUCACGGGUCACCCUACGACAUUGACCUUGCUGAGGCAGAAUUAGCUGAGAGGGAUGAUGAGCAUUUUGCACAUUCCGGCGAAGGGGACGAAAAGGAAGAAAAACGUGAUUGGGAUUGGCAAGUGAGACGUGUACUGAUGAAGAGAGCCGCUGUCCGCGUGUUAUUGAGAGGCAUGACUAGUCGAGCAGCUGCAAAUCAGAAAAAAGUAGUGCCAGAGUUCGCCUAUGUUGUGCGCGAGCGAAUAAAAUUUUAUAGUGGUCGACAAAGCGGGCAAAGAUGUCGUCAGUGCGGGGUAAUAGCACACGAUAAAUGCAUUGUGAACAUCACAUGGCCGUGUGAUUCUCGUGUAACAACUGUACCUCGGACGGUACAGGAACAGUCGUUGCCACCAACUCCAUCAAAAUCCAUUGCAGAACCGCAAAGUACGGUAGUAAGGAGUGAAACGAUGCUCAGUGACAUAGAAGGUGCCAAAUUCAAGCUGUGGGCUCCAAGAUGGUUCGAGCUUGAGGCAAAUAGCCACAAGAUGUACUAUUAUGAGUCAGAACAUGAUAUGGAAUGUCGAGGAUAUAUUGAUCUUUGCGAUGUCGGUAGCGUAGAAGUAGAAAAUAAUGGCAGUAAAGCUAUUCUUGAGCUGCGCACGAAAAAACGUGCCUACUCCCUUUUAGCUGAGAGCCGCCUCGUGGCAGAAACGUGGAAGGAGAAAAUUGAAAUGGUUUUAAGGGAGUAG